AUGCUGGCGGAACUGAUAUUUCUCUUUAGGAGUCUCCAUGGGAUACUUGCCUCCUCGGGCACCAUAGGAGCAGCGGCAAUUUGGCUGAUGAGCUAUAAGCCAGUCUUGUUUGGGUUCCUAUUCCUUCUGCUGUUGCUUAGCAACUGGCUGGUCAAGCAUGAACACAAGCUCACCCUCCCAGAGCCCCAGCAGGACAAGGUCCUCCAACGGCUUCUGUUCAGUGAAAUGAAGCUGAAGGUCCUAGAGAAUCAGAUGUUCAUCAUAUGGAAUAAAAUGAAUCACCACAGGCGGUCAAGCAGACAUCGGAAUUUUCCCAUGAAGAAACACAGAAUGAGGAGGCAUGAGUCGAUUUGCCCCACCCUGUCUGACUGUAUUUCCAGUUCCCCCAGCUAAUGAGGCUGAGGUAGGCUGGCCUCUGCAGAUGUUACCUUGACUCAGUAAAACCCAGUCACAGCCUA